AUGGACAAGCCCCUAUUGCUGGGACUCCCCAUCCUGCUCUGCUGCAUUACAGCCCAAAUGACAGGAAUCGUUCAGUGUAGGAUGUGCCACUUGCAGUUUCCAGGAGAGAAGUGUUCCAGAGGCAGAGGAAUAUGCAUUGUAACAAGUGAAGAGUCUUGCACAACUGGCAGGAUUUCCAAGAAAGACGGUACUCCAUGGUUAAUGUUCAUGGGCUGCCUGAAGAGCUGUGCUAAUGUGGGCAAAAUAAAAUGGAGUGUCUACUUGGUGGAGUUCAGGUGCUGCCGGGGCUAUGACUUCUGCAAUGAAUACCUAUAGAGAUUGCCUGUCCUUCAGUAACUCCAAUCUCUGGAUGAUAUUGUU